AUGAAAAAUAAUGAUAUAGGGAGGAUCAAUAACGGGGGCAUCACGAUAGCAAAAAUGUGUCCACAACUGAAGCGGAAUAUGUUGUGGGAAGAAGGUUCAGGGCUCGAACGCUUGCGUACAUUUUUCGAGGAAUUUAAGAUUGAUCUAGUUAGUCCACCACCGGUCUCAACAGAUAUUGCAACGUAUUCAGAAUACAUGUUGUCGAUUUGUUUCUGGGUUAAGAAAAUUUGAUCACGUGUCUAUUCAUAUACAUAGGUAUGUUAGUUAAAAUGGUUAAAAGUUUCAUUUUUGUUAAAUUUUCUCCUGCUAUCUUUUAUGUAUCGUCUGUUGAAAAAUCAAGUAGGUACCAAAAUAUUUAUUAGAAAAAAUCAUACCUAGGAAUCAGGUGCAUACAUAAUACAAAUAUUAGACACAAUAAUUUGACUAUGCCGCACCACUCAACAGC